UUCGUGAGUAAUACGAGCCAAUUUUUUUUCACAUUUACUUAUUUUAAUUGCAUCAGUCAAUCACCAUAAAAUGCGUCGUGAACCAGCAGUUAUAAAUUCAGAUACACGGCUCGAAGGUGACAAACGAGUCGUUCCACCAUUUCUUAAGAACAUCCUGAAAAAAGACGUGGAACUGACGAAAAAAUUUGUAGCUCAUUGUCUCAACUUUGUUCAAAUUAGAAGCUUUAAGAAUCACUGUAAAUUUCUCGAAUGGAGUUGUCAUGGAGUUGUCUGGCUUGCUGGACUUAUCGCAUUCACAUAUAUCAUGGGAAAUAGUAAAUUACAUGAAAUGGAAGUGAAUUUGUUUGUGGCUCUGAUCAUUGACAUCUUUGCGGUUGCUAUUAUAAAAGCAAUCACAAGAAGACGACGACCAGCAAUCAACGAUGAUCCAUUUUGCAUUGGACCUGAUAUGUACUCAUUUCCCAGUGGACAUGCAUCACGAUCGAGUAUGUUGCUACUUUUCUUCAUGUUUUUGUAUUCUUUCCCAGUUCUUUUCUGGCCACCAUUGGUUGCUUGGUGGCUUGCAAUUUGUGUUUCAAGACUCCUACUUUACCGACAUCACAUCUUAGACGUCUUUGGUGGAAUUAUCCUUGGAUUCUUUGAAGCUUUUGUUAUGGCUUUAAUUUGGAUUGGACCAGAAGCAUCGACAGAAUUUGUCAGAUGGAUUUCAGAUGAAAGAGUUGCCGGAAAUGAUGCUGAAAUUCUUUAA